AUGUGCAAAUAUAGGAUAUUCUUGCUCAUAGUUUUCACAGCAAUUGUUGCAACUGAAGGUGAGUUUUUUCCCCUUAAAAAUAAUCCCAAGGGUUCAACAAAUUCUCGAAAAAACAAAAACUAUUGUUUCUUUUUUGUCAAAAAGGUCCCAAUCGCACUUGACAAAUUAGUUAACAUGUGCUGUUUUACAAAUAAUUGGCAACUCUAAACAAUUUGUCAAAAUUGAGAACAAGUGUUGUUUUUGUUGGGCCCCCCUCCUGCAAAUUGAAGGGGGGAGUACAACAUUUUUGACAAUGUUUUGAUGAAUGUCCUUUUCUCUAUUAUUUGAUUCGUUAAUCGGUUUCUUUUUUAGUUAGGAAAGGGGGUCGCGAGAAUGGCAAUUAUUAAUAUGAUGCACUUACAUAUGUAAGUAGUAUGUAUUUAUGUAUUUAUGAACAUAUAGAUAGAUAGAUCUUAUCAAUUUUUCUCAACAGCGGCAACAUUUUUUUGAUCUUUUUGUUUUCAUUCAUACUGAAACAAAAAUAAAUGCAAAGAAAAGAAUUUGCAUUUUUUUGAAACCAAGAAAAAUAUCGGCGCGCAGGCGCUCCCCGAAAUAAAGAAAAGAACAAGCUGAAAAUUCCUUAGGGAAAUGUGAUGGUUAUUAAUGAGCUGUUGGCAAAGACUUGUCAGCAGGAGAAAAAGGCAGGAAAGAGCUUAUUUCGAAAUUGCGUGUGGCGCAUUGUGUGAUGAUGAUGAAAUUUUUAAUCAAGAAAAAAGGGUGCGAAAAAUUUCGGAGAACUACAUGCUUUUAUGAGGGCUAGGCGGAUGACGAAUGGAAAGGGGUGGCUUUUUUUAGACAGGGGUUUGGAGCAUUUUGAUUAGGGGUUUCAAGAUAAAUUAAUCAUACACGAAAUUUGAAAGACGGUUCAGAAAAUAUAAAUGAAUUAACCAGGAUGUUCGCAGCGGUAUUAGAUUCUUUUCAAUUCGAAAAACACUUCAAUAUUUCAGCAUAAAGAUGAAGCCGCGAGGGUGUCACAAAAUGUACAUCAAGGUUUUCUGAACUUCCCAAGCCGAUCUAUUCGUUCAUGACGAAUUUCAUUACUUUCCAAAAAGCUGAAUUGAAAUAUUGAUGAAAAUGUUUCAAACUUUGUCACUAAACCCAUAAAUCUUCCAUUCAUCUCAGUUAAUCAAGAAUUCCUUUUCUCGUCAACAACCCACAAAAACCCAACCAAGCAGACAAAUAAUCAAAUAUUCUUGUUUCGUUUACGAAAUCCUUUAAAACAAUCGUUUUUUUUUUCUUGGUGGUACACUAAUCCGAUUUUGCUGUUCCUUUUAGAACGAACGAAAUGUCAAAACUAAUUUUUGUGAGGGGUCCAUUUACUUUUCAAAAAUAUGUUACCUUUUUGAAAUGAAAACAUUUCAAAAUAAAUAAAAAAAUAUUUUCAGAUGAGGGAAAUCUUGCGCCAGUCAUCACUGAACAUCCAAUCGACGUAGUUGUAUCACGUGGAAGUCCAGCAACAUUAAAUUGUGCCGCCAAACCGGCAACAUCUAAAAUAACAUGGUAAUUCAUCACUGUUUAUAAAUUAAUUAAUUAAUCAUCCAAUUUGAUUAAUUCAGGUUCAAAGACGGUCAGCCGGUGACAACAAACAAGGAACUGGUGAACAGUCAUCGAAUUGUGCUUGAUACUGGCGCGCUUUUUCUUCUCAAAGUGAAUAGCGGUGAGUAAAAAAGUUUUCCUUUCGGAACAAUAGAAACAAUAUAAAUAUAAAAUAAAAUAUUCAGGAAAAAAUGGUAGAGACAGUGAUGCUGGCUCAUAUUAUUGUGUUGCUAGUAAUGAACACGGUGAAGUGAAAUCCAAUGAAGGAUCUUUGAAAUUGGCAAUGUUGCGAGAUGUUUUCUUGGUGACACCUCGAACCUCAACAGCUCUUUCCGGAAAUCAAGCCAAAUUGGAAUGUAGUCCACCAAAAGGAUUCCCGGAACCAGUUGUUAGUUGGAGAAAAGAUGAUAAGGAGCUGAAAAUUCAAGAUAAUCCAAGAUACACACUUCAUCCUGAUGGAAAUUUGAUAAUUGAACCUGUGAAUCAUAGCGAUUCGGGAACUUUCCAAUGCGUUGCGACAAAUAUGGUUGGAGAGAGGGUUUCGUUGCCAGCGAGAUUGAGUGUUUAUGAAAAACCACGAUUUUUAGUGAGUUUUUUUUAAAUGCAAUCUUUGAAAAAAUUCUGAAAGUAGCUGAAAUAUAUAUUACCUAGGGUUGUCGAUCUUUUGAUUUAAAAAAAAUUACUUAGAGUUCUCCAAAUUGAAUAUUGAUUUUUCAAGAUCUUUUUUAUCACUGUCUUUCAAAAUAUCUAGUUUUCGGAAAUAAAAAAAUAUUUUUUUCUGUUGGUUUUUUAAAAGAUGUCAAAUUUUCUCAAAUUACCUUUUCUCAAAAAUGAAUCAAUUAGAUUAACAAAAACCUGCUCCCAACCUUUCAAGCCCAAUCAUCUUCAAUUCAAUUUCUCUCAAAAUCUUCCCAAUUACGCACAAAACUUCUUCUCUGACUGAAUAUUUUUUUUUUUGAAAUCGCGUGCAAGGUCACACAUACACAGCCUCUUUGUGUUGUCGUUUUUUUCCAAAAUAAAUUUUUUUUUGUCUUCAAUUCUUCUUGGUCGUUAACUCGAGGCUUAGGCAAGACAUUUUUUGGUUGAUGUAAAAUGAGAAAAAUGAAAUAGGGACUGUCACGCCACAUGGUCUAGUCUAGUGAGAAUAAUGUGUUAAUUGGAUAGUUUCGGUCGUUGACAGCUGAGACCGACGUUUUUUUUUCAACAAUUCAAUCUAAAAGAGAACUGAGAAAUAAGAAAUGACAAAAAACAAUAUGUACAGGGAAACAACAAAUAAACAAUUCUGAACAUUAUUUCAGCAAGAACCAAAAGACAUGACUGUGGAUGUUGGAGCAUCAGUGCUUUUUGAUUGUCGAGUUACCGGCGAGCCGCAACCGCAAAUCACAUGGAAACGCAAGAAUAAUUUGAUGCCGGCAGCACGUGCCUAUAUCGCCAAGGAUAAUCGAGGUCUUCGAAUUGAUAAGUAAGCGAUUAUGACAGAUUUUGGUUUUUUGUGGGUAGAUUAGAAUCAGUUGUGACCUUUAACACUUUUAUGGAUCAUUUUUACACACUUGGUGUGUUUUCUAUGAUGAGGUCAUUUGAUGGAGAGGGAUUUCAGAAAUUGAGGGGACUUUUUUUUGAAUUCUCGUUCGGUGGGGUUUGGAAAUUCAGCCGAUUUAGAAAAAAAAAUCCAGAAUUUUCGUAGGGUAUCUGAUAUUGUCUUCAAGUUUCUCUAAAUUUGUGCAUGAACCGAGACUAAAAACAAUUUCAGAUCAAUAUCUCGGGAAAAAAGCAGCAAGUCUUGCUACAAAAAUCGACUUUUAGCCAGCUUGCGACCAUUUUUAGCAAGCUUGCUACAAUUUUUAUAAUGGAAAAAAAUGUAGCAAGCUUGCUAAAAAUGGUCGCAAGCUGGCUAAAAGUCGAUUUUUGUAGCAAGACUUGCUGCUUUUUUCCCGAGAUUAUUGUUCUGGAACCAUCAAAUUAUUAUGAACACAAAUAAGGCCAUUAGUUUCUUGAAAAUUUGUUUUUACUAUUUUUAAAACUGAACUCACGUCUACAAAAUUUAUGGAAAAAAUGCUCCAGAAUUUCCUAAAUGUGGCUAGAUAAAUAUAUUUAAAUGUGGUUUUCUUAAUAAAUAAUAGAAAGACAUUUGUAAGAAUGUGUAAAAAAUUUAAAAACAGUACUUGAAAUUUUAGAAUUCAUAACCUUACUCACAGAUUUUUUUUUCAAUAUUCGUAAAACAUCAGGUUUCAAAUUGAUGAUUUCAAAACUUGAUAAAAUAUUUAAGUAGGAUCAAAAUUCAAAAAAAAAAUAAAAAUAAAAAAUAUGAUUAAAGAACUUUAGUUUCGUAUUUUCUAAAAAAAAUAUUAAAAAAAAUACAUUUCUUAGCAUCUCUUUAUUUCAAAUUUUCCAGAGUUGUCCCUGAAGAUGAAGGCGAAUACAUCUGCUACGCUCGCAAUCCAGCUGGUCAACUCGAAGCUUCAGCUCAUCUCCGAGUUCAAGCUCCACCAUCAUUCCAAACAAAACCAGUUGAUCAAUCUGUCCCAGCUGGAACUACCGCUACUUUUGAAUGUGUUCUCAUCGGUCAACCAAGUCCAGCAUAUUUUUGGAGUAAAGAAGGACAACAAGAUUUGCUCUUCCCAAGUUAUGUGUCAGCGGAUGGUCGUACAAAAGUAUCUACCAGUGGAACUUUAACAAUUGAAGAUGUUCGACAAGUUGAUGAGGGAGCAUAUGUUUGUGCUGGCAUGAAUUCAGCUGGCUCAUCUUUAAGUAAAGCAACACUCAAAGUCACCACCAAAGGUAAAUUUAUUUUUCAUUCUUUUUUCAGUGGCUCCCAUACUAAAGUUUUAUAUAAAAGUGCUCUCCACUCCAAAAAAAAGUUCCCAGAAAUAUUUUUCCUCAUGGGCAAAAAACGAGGAUCAGAAAGGGAAUCAUUUGAAUUAGCAUAACUCGUUUCUUUUGGUUGGUUGCUUGGAAGUUGCAUGUUUUAGUUUUGUUUUUUUUUUGUCUUCUAUUUGGUGAAGCCGCAAAAGAAGUCGUAGUUUAGUGUGGAGAACAACACCUGGUUUUUGGAGAGAAAAAUGCACCUGCGUUUUGGUGAAAUUGGUAGUUCUCUAGUAAUUUUGAAAUUGGAACGAGUUUAUUCUUACCUAAAAUUAGUAUAUGAAGUUUGUGAUUUUCUAGAAUUUUUCAAACAAUUUUUAGGCUUUUUCAGAAAUUUCUGAGGCUACGUUUUCUACUUUGAAUUGGCCUAACUUUUUAAACUUGAUAAUGAAAAUUGUAGUCUCCUAGGUUCAAAGAGCGUGAGAAUUAGAUUUUGAAAAUAUUGGGGUAAUGCCAAAAACCUUUUUUUUGACACAGGUGCUCUCAAGAUCUUGGUAAUCUGAAAUCCUUUUAACGAAUACCAAUUUUCAGUAUACCUAAUUUAACCAAUUACAAAAUGAAACAUGCAUUUAAUUCAUAAAUCAAUUUCAACUUAUCCAUCCAUCCAAAUUCAUUUCUCAAUUUCCCCAUCCAAUUUUUUCUUACCAAAAUACAACACCGACCUUGGCUUGGCAAAAACGACAUUUCAAUGUCUGUAUUUAUAUAAAAUGUUCGUUUUUUUUCACCCACCCAUUUAUCCACCCAGAAAAAAAGGUGUCUGCCAUGAAACCUUACACUUUUUAUACAUAAAUAUGAAAAAGUAAAUAUAUAUAUAGGAUAUAAAUGGAUGAUGGAUCUUGUUUAGUGCUAAUCCAUUAUUUCACACAACACUGAUUUUUUCGCCAGCUUGUUGUUUAUAUUAUUUAUUUUUUGUCUUCUUUUUUUUUCGUUUGGUUUUAAAACGAAAUUUCGUUUAGUUUAGUUUAGUUUAUCCCGUCACUGAGCCCCCUCUUUUUUUUGGGAGAAAAUGUAUUAUUUUGUGAAAAUUACUAGCACCAAACAAAUUACUUUUUUUUUUCGUUCAAACCCUUUUUGGUAGCUCUCUCAACUGCGAAAAAAACAAAUUAUUUAUUAUUUUUGUUUGUUUUUUUCUCGCUCCCAAUUUUUCAUAUUUUCCUAUGAACCCAAGAUCAUCUAGGAUAAUCUUUUUGUUUUUUCUUCUUCUUGACUGCUAGAACUCCACUUCUCACAUUAAAAUUUUAAUUUUGUGCCCCCACUCAAAAUGUCUUUCAAAUGGGAGAAUUUAUUAUUAAUCGAAAACGAUGCAGUUUUAGUUUUAGUUUUUUUUUCUUUCGUGCAAUUGCAAAAAAGAAAAGGAGAAAAAAUGUUUUGUGUUUUUGAGACAAAACACUGUGAGAUGAGUAAUGGUUUUUUUUGUUGUAUAGUUUUUGUGGUAGGGUAUAGAAUAAGACAACUGGUAGUUCUGGCAUAUUUGUACUUUUUUGGCUUGUGAGUAGACGUAGAAAACUCCCAAGUUGAGCUAACAUUUUCUAAAUUUUCACGAAACAGAAUCGUGAAAAUUUCUUCAACUCACUCCAAAAACCUCUAAUCUCAAAACCAGUACCAUAUUAAUUCAUAAAUAUUCAAUUUUUCAUAAUAACAUUAAUUCACAGCCAAUUAAUCAACUUUUCCUUUUCCUCCUUUCAAUUCGCUUUUUAUUUUUUCUCACCCCACACAAGAAUAUGAUCAAUCGUAACCAUCUGCGGAGAUUUAUUCUGUCCCACCGGAACAUUUUCAUUCACUUUACUCAUAUUUGAUCCCCCAUCCCAUUAUUCCUUUGUUUUACUCCAGCCACUAUUUUUUUUUAUUUUUAGCGCGCGCUCAAAAUUCACUCAACCAUAUUCUAAUAAUAUUCUAUACCUUCUCAUUAAGGUCUUAUCCCCCCUCCAAAUAUUUUAUUUUAUUUUUCGAUGGUGGUAGAGGAUUAGAGACAACUAUUACACUUUUUUUUUGAAUGUGUCUGUGUGGUCUCGAUUUAGUGGCUGACUGGCUGGCUGGAAAAAGCCAUCUGAUGUCAAUAAAAAUCAAAUUUGAUUUGAUUUUCUUUCCCAUUUUUUUGUUCUAAAACUACAAAAAAAUAUUUAUACACAUAAUUUAUUUGAUGUCGGCUGUCAGUAAUGUUUCAAAAACACUACUAUCCAAUUAUUUUUUUUGCGGCUCCUCAAAUUUCGUGCGCGAUAAUUAACGGCGGGAAAUGACCUUAUUGGUCAAAAAUAUGUGCCGCUUAGAGUUUCCUGUUUCCUGUUUUUUACUAUUUUUUAAUAUAAUUUUUUUAUGAAAAAAGAUAUGAAACAUGGCAAUUUUAUAGCCCUGGUUUGGUUUUUGUACACAUGAAUCUAUUCAAUUCAAAAAAAGUUGUAUAUUUGUUUUGUUUGGGUGUUGUUUGCCAUUAUGGUUUUUAGGCUUAUUCAUUUUUUGUUAUCAAACAAAAAUUAUUAUAUUAUUUUGGCUUACAUACGUUUAAAUUUUUUUCGUUCUGAAAAAAAUCUAGAAGGAUCAUUUUACUGAAAGUGCCACUUGAAAAGCAUCCAUCUAUUUCAUUUUUUCUCUUUUUUUCACACGCCUUUUUGUGGCAAUUUUUUAGCGGAAAAUUUCCUAUAUUUUCUUCAAAUGAUCCUAGAUUUGUCGUGAUUUAUGGCUUCCCUGUCCCUUUUUUCAUUCCAAAAUUUUUUUAACAUACGAAAAAAAUCCGUGUCCCACAAUGUUUUGCGGAAUAAGAAAUGAGAUGGGCGGAGAGUUUUGAAAAAAACGAACGAGCUUUUGUUCUUUCUUUUUUCAAGGACUGACUGAUCCAAAGAAGAACAUCAAUUCUUUUGUUUUGUGUCCUGAAAAAACAAAUAGAAAAUUUGCGUCUUCCGGAAAUUUUUACUUGAAUAACAGAUUUUUUGUUGGGCUCUUGUUGGUGUUAUUUGAGAUUUUGUUUAUUAUUUGGGACUUGUUCAAAUUCAGUGCUUUUUAAGUGGAGAGUGGUUUUUUAGAGUUGAAAAUAAUUCCAGAAAUAACCAAGAUUUUCGGAAUUAACUUUAAUUUUUGAGUUUUUUUUUGAAGAACUUUGAAGGUCAAAAUUUCAUAAGAGUUCCAAACCGAAAACAUUUUUUAUCAAAUAAUGUCUCAUCAACUAUACUAUCACAAAAAACCACUUUCAAUAUUAAUAUUAUUUCUAUUUUUCCCACCAAAAAUCGUUUUAUCACUCCGCUCCUCUCAAAAAAGAAAUGAAUCAUCUAACAUAAAUUCGCAGCUCUUUUUGAUAUACAUAUAUAAAUGUGUAACUCAACAAAGUAGCAAAUAAUAUGUUUUAUUUCAUCUUUUCUUGUUCUGCCGCUUUUCAAAAUGUAACAUGUUCUUUUCUAUUUCUUUUAUUUUUUUCAUUUUUGAUGUAAUAUCUAUCCUAUCUUCUGUCAAAACAUAUACUCAUCAUCAGCCAUAAUAUUUUUGUUGUUUCUAGAGUCUUUCCUCGAAAAAUGAGCAGUCAGCGAGAAUAAAAUCAUUGCGCCUGAUUGGGUUUAUUAUGUUUAUUUUUUAUUUUUUCCAGACAAGUAUAGGCUUCUUGUUUACUCACUGCUCCUCACUUAUCUAGUUUAUUUACUUUUCACAACUAUACAUAUUUUUAUGAGAAAAAUGACCACAACUUUAAUGAUGUUAAUUCGAUCCUACUUGAAAAAAUAUAUAUAAAAUGUGGUUAGGUUUAUAUCCAAGUUACACCCUUCAUUUAUCUGAUGACCUUUUUACAUGAACUUUUACUUAUUUUUUCUCUUGAACUUAUUUAUCCUUUUUUGUAGAAAAAACUAAAACUAAAUGACAUGAUAUUUGGCUCGGUGUUCAGUUUAACAUCCGCACUGAUGUGUGUGAACGGAACGGAUUGUCUUUGUAAGUUUGGAGUAAACCGGGAAGAUUAAUCGUUUUUUAGUGGAGAGCACUCUAAAAAAUAAAGGAGAACAAAAAGAAGAAAAAUGAGCACACUGGGACCCCCAUUGUUUUCUUGUUUAUGUUUAUUAUCAUCUUCAAAAAAAUGACAAUUUCCAGCUGUUACCGGAAACACGCCAGCCAAGCCACCACCAACAAUUGAAUAUGGCCAUCAAAAUCAGACAUUGAUGGUUGGCGCGUCGGCUUUGAUGCCUUGUCAAGCGUCGGGAAAACCAUCGCCAAGGAUUUUGUGGUUUAGAGAUGGGUCGCCAAUUGAUACGUCGGAUAGUAGGAUUAGUCAACAUUCAACUGGAAGUUUACAUAUUGCGGAUUUGAAGUGAGUUUAUUACUGAUUGUGAGAAACUUUGGGUGCAUCUCCUCCCAGAUUUGAAUUAUUUAUUUUUGAAUUGAUCAGAAUUCUUUUCCAAUACUGAUCUUCUUUUUCCAGGAAAACGGAUACUGGAGUUUACACCUGCUCCGCCAAAAACGAUGAUGGUGAAUCGACGUGGUCUGCAUCACUAACCGUAGAAGAUCACACCAAAUCCCUACCUUCCAUCAGAAUGCCAGACCCUUCGAACUUCCCAACUGCUCCAUCUCAACCAAUUAUUGUGAAUGUUACUGAUACAGAAGUCGAACUACGAUGGAAUGCCCCGAGCAACACAGGAACUGGUCAAAUCGCUGGAUAUAUUAUCCAGUUUUAUAGUCCAGAUCUUGGCCAAACUUGGUUCAAUAUCCCGGAUUAUGUUUCAACAACAUCGCAUAGGAUCAAAGGAUUGAAACCGUCACAUUCUUACAUGUUUUUGAUCCGCGCCGAAAAUGAAAAGGGAAUGGGUCCGCCAUCAACACCAUCGGCACUUGUCACAACAUCAAAAUCUUCCGAUUCCGCAAUUUCGGAACAGAACAAAGUUGAUAUGUCAAUCGCAAUUCGUCGUCUGACAUCUGAACAAUUGAUCAAGUUGGAAGAGGUCAAAACAAUUAACUCAACCGCUGUUCGACUUUUCUGGAAACGAAAGAAGAUUGAGGAUUUGGUUGAUGGAUAUUAUAUCAAAUGGCGUGGCCCGCCACGUGCUAAUGAUCAUCAAUUUGUGAAUGUGACUAGUGCUAGUACCGAAAGUUAUGUUGUCGCAAAUUUGAUGCCAUUCACCAAUUAUGAGUUUUUUGUUAUACCAUAUCAUUCAGCUGCUUAUAGUGUGCAAGGAGCACCAAGUAACUCAAUGGAUGCGCUAACAGCUGAAGCUCGUAAGUUGAUUUGUUGUCAAAAAAUAAUAUUUUUCAAAAAUUCUGAAAUUUUCAGCACCAUCCCUACCUCCACAAGAUGUUCACAUCCGAAUGUUGAACUUGACAACACUUCGCGUCUCUUGGCGUGCGCCAAAAGCUGAUGGUAUCAACGGAAUUUUGAAAGGCUUCCAAGUCAUCAUCAUCGGUCAAGCGCCCGGACAAAAUCGCAACAUAUCAACAACGGAUAGAGCGGCUAGUAUUACACUGUUCCACUUGGAGGCUGGCAUGAAAUAUAAGAUUCGUGUGGCGGCUAGAAGUAACGGUGGUAUUGGAGUGCCUUUUUCAACCAACGAAUUUAUAAUGAGUGAGUUUUUGAAGAAGAUUUUUCCAUAAAAAGAAAAAUUAUAAACUUUUGGAAGUUUUUAAAUUAUUGAACAUUGAACUGGGAGACAUCAACUAUUUUUUGCAGAUCAAGAAACAUUGGAGAAACAUCUCGCCGCUCAACGUGAAACCGAAUCAUUCUUAUACGGCUUGGUGAAUCGAUCCAAUGUCCCGCUGAUUAUUAUAAUUGCCUUAAUUUUGAUUCUGGUAAUUGUUGUCGUCGCCUACUGUUACUGGAGAAAUAGUCGACAUGUGGAUGGAAAAGACCGUAGCUUCAUUAAAAUCAACGAUGGAAGUGUUCAUAUGACAGCCAAUAAUUUAUGGGAUGCUCCUCCGCCGCACGUUGGAAAUCCAAUGUAUAACACAACUGGACGAUUGACGUUGAAUAAUCGGAACGGCCAAGCAUUGUACUCGUUGACUCCAAAUGCACACGAUUUCUAUAAUGCUUGCGAUGAUUAUGGUGGAACUAUGAAUCGACCUGGUUCCGAUCAUCAUUAUCAUUAUGCUCAAUUGACUGGCGGACCAGGAAAUCCAAUGUCAACAUUUUAUGGAAAUCAAUAUCACGAUGAUCCAUCACCAUAUGCCACAACCACACUAAUCCUAUCAAAUCAGCAACCUGCGUGGCUCAACGAUAAAAUGCUACGAGGACCGGCAAUCCCAAGUAAUCCAGUACCUCCCGGUCCACCGGCGAGGUAUGCCGAUCAUACAACUGGUCGACGAUCUCGCUCGAGCAGAACAUCAGACGGAAGAGCAACUCUCAACGGACCGAUUCAUCAUACAAGCAGCAGUCAACGAUCGGAUAGCCCUCCUCACACUGAUGUGAGCUAUGUUCAGGUACAUCUUAGAUUUGAAGAUCUAGGAUGUCUUCGCCUUUUUUGGUUUGGGGCCAGAGUAAUAAUUUUGUAUGAUUUCAGCUUCACUCGACUGACGGGACUGGUGGAAGUAAUCGACGAACUCCGCCCAAACAAACAUUGAUGGAUUUUAUACCGCCGCCACCAGCUAAUCCACCCCCACCAGGAGGCAUUUAUGAUGUGAGUUUUUAACUUGGAGAAGUUUAGAUAUCAUUCAAACAUAUAUAAAAAAAAUUAUGUUUUUUUUCAGUCCGCAACACGUCGCCAUUUAAAUCGUGGAAGUACACCACGCGAAGAAACCUACGACUCGGUUAGCGAUGCCGCAUUUGCAGUCAAUGCUCGGCCAACAAGUCGAAAUCGCAACACUGGUCUACGUCAUAAAUCUUCGUCGAAACGUGAAGACGAUGAUAGUCAACGAUCCUCUUUAAUGAUGGAUGAUGAAGGUGGGUCAUCUGAAGCGGAUGGUGAAAAUUCGGAAGGCGACGCUCCAAAACGCAAAGCUGUUCCUCGCAUGGGUGUAUCGGCUAGCGGGUUGUCUCAUGGUUGUUGUAAGUGUUAAUUCAAAAUGUCUCGAGACUUUUUCAAUUAUCUGUUGUUUUUUUCAGAUGACACGGGUCGAACACAACAAAGAUUCCGAUCAAUGCAACGCGGUGUUCCUCAAGAGCAAAAUUGA